UCAUUUGUGUAGUUGCAGGCUGUCGGCAUUUGUGCAUAUUUAUUUGUUUUUGCCAAACAGUUCUCAAAUAUAAAAUUUUUAAAUAUGUCUGAUAACGACGAUGACUUUAUGUGCGACGAUGAUGAAGACUAUGGCCUGGAAUACUCGGAGGAUAGCAACUCCGAGCCCGAUGUUGACUUGGAGAACCAGUACUACAACAGCAAGGCGCUGAAGGAGGACGAGCCAAAGGCAGCGCUAGCCUCGUUCCAAAAGGUGCUCGACUUGGAGAAUGGCGAGAAGGGCGAAUGGGGAUUCAAGGCGCUGAAGCAAAUGAUUAAAAUCAAUUUCAAGCUGUGCAACUAUGACGAAAUGAUGGUGCGCUAUAAACAGCUUUUGACGUACAUAAAAAGCGCAGUGACGCGCAAUCAUUCGGAAAAGUCCAUCAAUUCCAUACUGGACUACAUCUCCACGUCCAAAAAUAUGGGCCUGUUGCAGAACUUCUACGAGACAACUUUGGAUGCGCUGCGCGAUGCCAAGAACGAUCGAUUGUGGUUCAAAACCAACACCAAGCUGGGCAAACUUUACUUCGAUCGGAAUGAUUUCACCAAACUGCAAAAGAUACUCAAGCAACUGCACCAAUCGUGUCAGACUGAUGAUGGUGAGGAUGAUUUAAAGAAGGGCACCCAACUGUUGGAGAUUUAUGCCUUGGAAAUUCAAAUGUAUACGGUGCAGAAGAAUAACAAGAAGCUGAAGGCGCUCUAUGAGCAGUCGUUGCACAUCAAGUCGGCCAUACCGCAUCCUUUGAUUAUGGGCGUCAUACGCGAAUGCGGCGGCAAAAUGCAUUUACGUGAGGGCGAAUUCGAGAAGGCGCACACCGAUUUCUUCGAGGCCUUCAAGAACUAUGACGAGAGUGGCUCGCCCCGUCGCACCACCUGUCUAAAAUACCUGGUGUUGGCCAAUAUGCUCAUGAAAUCGGGCAUCAAUCCUUUCGAUUCGCAGGAGGCCAAGCCCUAUAAAAAUGAUCCAGAAAUUUUAGCCAUGACCAAUCUGGUCAAUUCGUAUCAAAACAACGAUAUCAAUGAAUUCGAGACCAUUUUGCGUCAACAUCGUAGCAAUAUAAUGGCCGAUCAAUUCAUACGCGAGCAUAUUGAAGAUCUUUUACGCAACAUACGCACGCAGGUGCUCAUCAAGCUCAUCAAGCCGUACAAGAACAUAGCCAUACCCUUUAUAGCCAACGCCUUAAACAUAGAACCGGCUGAAGUCGAAAGUCUAUUGGUCUCCUGUAUUUUAGAUGACACCAUCAAGGGUCGCAUUGAUCAGGUCAAUCAGGUGCUACAGCUUGACAAGGUCAACAGCAGCGCCGCUCGUUACAAUGCACUGGAAAAGUGGUCCAAUCAAAUACAAUCGCUACAAUUCGCCGUUGUGCAAAAAAUGGCCUAGGCAUUGAAAAUAAAAAUGCAUAUAGUUUAAAAUAUAUACAUUUAACAAAAACUAA